UGCCAUGGCUUUCGUCGUCGACGUCGUCUCUGAAGACUCCUUCUAUGAGAACCUCACUCUGGGUCUCAUUCGCCUGCUGGAGUCGCGGCCCGGGGUGAAGGAUGUGUCGCUGGAGCGCCGGCUGCCGUGCGAGCGCGCGCUGCUGGGCGCCUGGGAGCAGCGACACUGCUGCGCCCUGCCGGCGGACCUCAGGCACUUCUACGCCUCUACCGACGGCUUCCUGCUCACCUGGAGCUACGAGUACGCAGGCGAGGUGCUGCCUCUGGGCUGGUUGGGCGUGAACGCACUGGCCGAGCUGCGCCGGCUGACGGGCGUGCGCUGCGCCGACGACUGUCCCCAGCUGCCUGAGCUCGACACCGCCGCCAGCGCCGCCACCGGCAGCGCCAAGGACCAGCAGCGCACCACGCCCUCCUUCACUGCGCGCUGCAAGGUGUUCGAGGUGAGCGGCGUGCGGGGCGGCGGAAAGGUGUGCCUCGUCUUCCCCGAGGGCCACAUCUGGCUGCUGGACCGCAGCUUCCAGUGGCACCACCUGGCCGACAGCUUCAGCGCCUACUUCCGCAUGAUGCUCGUGCACCAGGGCCUGCCGCAGUGGCAGCUGCGCUUCACCACCAUGGGGCUCACGCCCUGGGCCGAGCAAAUGAUGGUGCUGGUGGCGCCGCACCUGGUGCAGCAGGCGGCGUCGCCGGCGCCGGUGGACUGGAGCGAGGCGCCGCUGAACCACCUGGACCCCGCCGUGCUGAAGGCGCCCGCCCAGUCCGGCGCCGGCCGCGCCGCGGCCAGGGGAGGCAGCACGUGUGCGGGGGUGGAGGGCCUGCGGUUGGCCGGCGAGGCCAGCAGCGGCGGAGCGGUCAAGGCCGGCGCGCGCACGUGCAGCCCACGUGUCGGCAGUGGUCAGCGGUCGCGGGCCGUUCACACGGCGGCCAGCUAUGAUAUGCGCGGAACUUGCGCCACGCCGCCUCCCACUGCACUCAGGUGGCAGAUUCCCGUGUCAGAUCGGCUGAGAACAGGAACAGCCAACGUGACAUUCAAUAUUCGUCCAGAGAGACUCCCAAAAUAA